CACAUAUCAUGUGAGACCCUGUCACAUCAAACACGCUAAGGACACGCUAAACGCGUUUCCAACAUCUAGUCGGAGUCAGUGCAUCUCUUUUCUCAUGCUCCUAAAAUUAUGAACUUUAUUUCUGCGGUCAACAGUCGGCUUUUGGCUCGGGUAUUCUGGUGAUCAUGGCUUCUGUGUCCGAAGCGGACUCGCUUCGAGCCAAAGGAAACACAUUCUACAAGUCGGGAAAUCUCCUAAAAGCGAUCGAGUUGUAUCAGCGAGCCUUCAACCUUGAGCCCAGUAAUUCAGCUGCAUUGGGAAACCUAUCUGCGGCACAAUACGAGCUUGGCGAAUACAAGAAAUGUGUUGAGACUGCUGAAAGGCGUUGUCCAUAUUAAGUGCAAUCGAGCAGCCAUCUGCUGCUGCUCUGGAGAAGUUGAAGCAGCGUAUCACGAAAGCAAAGGCGCAUAGCUUUCAGUCGGGAGAAGAUGACCAGGUUGAACGGAGGGUUCGAUUGCUUGAGGAUGUACCCCGCUACCGUCCCUUCACGUACGGACUGCUCCUUGAUAUCUGUCAAUUAAG